UUAAGUGGGCGUGGUUGAAACCCUGACAACGAAGCUAGUGACAGGUAAUUGGCCAAUCAGGUUCCCUUUCACAGCAAUGCCCAUUUGUCCGUGUUUUAAUGUAAACAGCUUCUCUCGGGACUGUGUAGGAGUAUCGUGCAGUUAAUCUUCUCUUCAUUUAAAUUUCACUCCGUUGCUAUUCAUUCUUUUAACGCCUCUGUGAAUAUCCCUGCGUCCCGAGCCUUUUUGUUUUGUAUGCUCUUGUCUUUUCACGGGUGUAGCAGCGGUUGGGAUGUCUGCAGCUGAAUGGUACGCACAUAAAUCCCUCGGAGACGGGGUGUUCUGGAUACAGGAGAGGUUUUAUGAGUCUGGAAACCGAGCCAACAUCUGGCUCGUCCGCGGGUCGCACCAGGACGUGGUGAUCGACACCGGGUUGGGUCUGAGGAGUCUACCGGAGUACCUGCAAGCAAAGGGGCUGCUUGGAGACGCGUCAGAGUCCGGCCGCAAGAACCCCCUGUUAGCGGUCGGCACCCAUGUCCAUUUUGACCACUCGGGCGGCUUGCAUCAGUUUCGGCAAGUGGCGGUGCACGGGGCGGAGGCAGACGCUUUGGCAAACGGGGAUAAUUUCGAGACGGUGACUUGGCUCUAUGACAGCGAGAUUGUGAGGGCUCCGACCCCCGGAUGGAGGGCCAGUCAGUACCGAGUACAAGCGGUAAAACCAACGCAUAUACUGCAGGAAGGUGAUGUAAUUAACCUUGGAGAUAAACAGUUGACUGUAAUGCACAUGCCUGGCCACUCCAGAGGAAGCAUCUGCCUUCAUGACAAAGAGCACAAGAUGCUUUUCAGUGGGGAUGUUGCCUACGAUGGGUCAAUGAUCGACUGGCUCCCUUACAGCAGGAUCAGUGACUAUGUCAACACCUGCGAACGCCUGCUUGAACUCGUUGAUGGAGGGCUUGUGGAAAGGGUGUUGCCGGGCCAUUUUAACACAUUUGGGGCGGAAAGGCUGUUCAGAAUAGCCUCCAAUUACAUUUCGAAUGCUGGCGCUUGCCAUAGGUUUUCCUCGUGUGCCUUGAAGUCGGUUGCAAAUCUAGCUCUCCGUGCGUCAAAUUCCAGAAGCGCAUCUUGAUGCCAAGGUUUAGCAAAAAGGGAUGCUGGUUAUGUUAUGUUACAUAUUUCCACCCUGUCAACUUUUGAAACUAUAGUAGGCUAAAUAUUGCUCAGAAUUGUAAAGGCAUAAGUUGCCUGCACCAAAUUACAAAGCGUGCAUAAAAAGAUUACAUACACAUCGUGUGGGUUUUUUUUGUUUUGCUUUUUUAAAAUCUAUAAUUAAAAAAAAAAAGGUUAGAGUCAUGCAUGGUGCCAGCAGGCAUCAUGAGAGCUUCCCCUCACUGCUCUGUGAGCACACUUCAAUUCUCACCUAGACACCCUUUGACGUUAACCAGAGACUAACAGAUUGUGUGGUGGCUUUGUGAACCUUAGCCAGACUUGAAUCCAGGCCACCAGGGAUGAAAAUCAUGAAAGGCUAGUGAAUUAGCCUGCUGCCAAGACUUUAUUCACACAUUACCAGCAUGGUUUUCAAAUAACGCAAAUAGGAGCUGGGUGCAAAAUUAUUAUUAUUAUUAUUAUUAUUAUUAUUAUUAUUAUUAUUAUUAUUAUUAUUAUUAUUAUUAUUUAAUUCUUAGCAGAUGCCCUUAUCCAGAGCGACUUACAAUUGUUACAAGAUAUCACAUUAUACAUAUAUCACAUUAUUUUACAUAUAAUUACCCAUUUAUACAGUUGGGUUUUUACUGGAGCAAUCUAGGCAAAGUACCUUGCUCAAGGGUACAACAGCAGUGCCCCACCGGGGAUUGAACCCACGACCCUCCGGUCAAGAGUCCAGAGCCCUAACCACUACUCCACACUGCUGCCAAAAUUAAUUAUCUUGCAAUCUUGAUUCAGUAUACUAAGUCACUGCAGGCGCAUUUUCAAAAUAUACUCAGAAAUCAUUCAAGUUUUAAUGAGUCUUUCACACCUUAAUCAGUUUGCAAUCCUAUUUGCUUUGCACCAUCUCAAAGUUUCACAAAGCAACAUUUGAGAGGGAAUCUGCAGUUGGAACCAAGUCAAAGUUUAGGGCCAGUCUUUAAUUCCUGUGAGGCCCUUUCCAACAUUGAUCCUAUUUCUCAAGUUUGGAAUGCAGUGCUUGAAUUUUACUUAAAAAUCUGGUAAAGACAAUUAAUGAGACAAGGUUGAGGCUGACCUAACUUUUCCUAUAAAGUAACCUAUAAAACAGACACAAUGGGGUGACUUUGAAUGAUAUUUUUUUUUUGUUAUAGUUUUGAAAAGGUGUAGUUUAUUUAAGACAACAAUUCUUUGAAAAUACAGUAAUAGGCUAUGUUUUAGUUGAAAUAUCUCUCUCUCUUGCUAUAUAUAUAUAAAUAUAUAUAUAUAUAUAUAUAUAUAUAUAUAUAUAUAUAUAUAUAUAUAUAUAUAUAUAUAUAAGCCUUCAUUGAAUUAUUAAUAAAGAAGAUACAGUCUAUGAAUCAAACCAUUUUAACCUGUCUGAAUCUAAAACAUGCAUAUGAUUGACUUUGGUUUGGUUUGCUAAAUUAUGACGCAAAUGGUAAAGAAGCAAUUCCCAUAAGCAAAUACUCUGUCUUCUUCAUUAAUACAGCAGUUUAAUUACAACAAAGCAACCCCUUAAAAAAGAGAGGCUUCAUCAUGGUGAGAUGAUGAACACUUUUAGUAAACCAGACUACCAGUAUAUGUAUUCUGUGUCAUAAACCAUUGAACAUCCCUAGUAUUUGAAGCAGUGACAGGAGAAGCUAUAUUUAGGAAGAUAUUAAGCCAAACUAAGGGAUGAUUAAGCAAACAUUUGCAUGCACUACUUAAAUAUGAAGAAAGUGACAACAUGCAUGUCAGUUUUAUAUGCAUUUAUGAAUAUAUUUAAUACUGUAUAUGAAUAUAUAUUUUUUAUGUUGCAAGCUUAUUUUUGUGUUUUUGAAGAUUGUAACAAAAUGAGAGGUUACAGACUAUUAUUCUCUUUGUUAAUAAAUUGUCAUAUGUUCUAAUGUUACAGGGACAAAUCUAUUUUUAAUGAUUGCUGAAGUAUUUCAUUAUUUUGCAGCUUGGUAUAAGUAAGUGUUAAUAGUUUGUGUUAACCUCUUAACUAAAUAGAAUGCUCAUUAAUAGAAUGUAUAUGGAAUUGGAGUAUGGUUAUUGUACAUUGUAUGGAUAUGCAUGUUAUAGCUUCUGUACGAUUCUCAAGUGUCUUAACUACUGUAUUAAGCAUUGCUUUGUCAAAUGUCUGUGGUAGGUGCAGUCCAUCGAUUCAAUUGAGAAGGGACAUUUCAAUAUGAUGACAGAAACUGAUGUCUAUCUCUUUUAACCAAAAAAAAACCUGACAGUAGCAAUUGUAAAACUUGUGAAAAGAACAGCAAGUGGCUUUUGAUUUGCAGUCAAACAUUUAUGGAAAAUGGAAGAUUUUCUUAACAAAGCCCCUUAGAUUGACUUUGAAGGUUUAAUUGUGUAUGAUUUAACAGAUCAAAGGCAGUACCUCUAAGCAUACUUUGAAAACUACCCACAUUAAACUGUAAUGCUGACAGCUUAUGCACAUACAGUAUUACCCGAUAAACAGCACUUUGUUAUAAAAUAAUUGCACUUUAAAUAAAGGCUGGAUUUGAAACUAUCGUUCAAAAUAACAUUUACGUUUACAAGCCUAAAGUGAACAAUGAGAAGGGAUAUUGUUCUGACUUUUAUUAUUGCUGUCUGAUAUGUUAACUUUAUAAUUUCUGACUUUGUUUGUAAUGUUACGAACUGUAAAAGAAGACAUGGUGUAGUUUUAGCAGCAUGUCUGACAUAGUUAAAACAGUGUUGCUUUGAUUCACCUGUAAUAAAAGCAGUGGACAAAAACAUUGCCUGUUGUACUUACCGCCUUGAAUAUAACCACACACACACACACACAAAACAAAAGAAAGUGUGCUUGUUCAGUUAGUUAGUUUAUUUUCAUGUCAGCCUGGUAAAUGUCUCAUGAACUCACUAGAUAAGCAGUGUUGUUAUAUUCUAAUUGUAUUUCAUUUCAAUUAAAAGCUUAUUUAAUUGUAA